AUGACAGACUUGAAAACGUUGUACGAAGAAACUGUCUUACAGUGUCUCCGAAGCGGAGGAAUACGGGCUAAUUAUUAUGGUGAAGGUGACAACGGCGGAGUUGACUUUAUCGUGACUUAUGAAAGAGUGCUGUUUAUUGUCCUUUGUAACUACGAUGAACGACCGGCUGAGCCCAACUUUGUUGACAGAAUGACAAGAAAACUCACCGAAUACCCCAUGAAUACCGUGGGGAUUCUGGUGGCUCCUCAAUUCAGUGAAAGAGCAGAGUGUCUGGCUUCGUCGUCCAUAUGCAACAUUAUAUUGACGGAAGCCACGGACAUUGCUUCGAACAUAAUUCAAUACGUUGAAAGUCUGGAACAGGAUCAAGAAUCUGACUCGGAAGAUGACGCACAAUUCAACGUUUUCGUCCUAACAAAGCAAACAGAACCUGUUCAAUGUACUGCUGGUUCUUUACAGACACAAAACCAAUCCAUCCUCUUAGAACUAGUUUUAAUGAAAAGUAUAUAUCAGUCUAUAACUUUGAAGGUUCUAAAUUCUCGUAAAGCUAAGGCGAGAAAGGGGGCAUCUCCAUCAUUACGUGAUUAA